GUAUUCUGCCUGCAGUGGGGUCCCAGUGUUGGAAACGGCGGUGGAGUACCUCGUGAACUCAAGGUACAAUCGACCGUUCGCGCCAGACUUGGUUGUCCUGUCGCCUGUUCCAGAACAGAUGAAAGGGCAGGAGCUGGCCUUGAAACGGGUCAGCCCGGAGGAGGACCACUUUGCUCUGCUCCAGGCCACAGCGCGAGACUUGAAGAAGAACGCUUUCGUCGAGGAGUGGGCGACUGUCUGGCGGUCUGUGCCCUGCACGUUCUUGGUCCAGCUGAAGGACAACGGAGAGCACUUCUGGUUGGCCUUGAAGAGGCGUGAGAAGAUUGGAGCGGACUUCGAGACAAUGUACCCGUCCUUGGUGCAGCGGAUCUACCAACUCGGUGUCUUCUGGAUCCAGGCCAGCACGCGUGAAAAACGCAAGUUGAACGAGCUGGAGCUGCACGAGGCCUUCUCCAAGAACUUGGUCGUCAGUUCUGGUGAGAGAGUGACCGAGAAGUUCGUGAAGGUGGGCAUGCAGAUCUUCAAGAACAUCCUCUCUGUGACUGCCUUGAAGGAGCUGCUCAUCGCAGGAGACGAGACGUUCGGCAAAAAGAGCCCGCUCGACUACCUGUACAAGCUCCAGUCGUUUGUUCAGUGUUCGCACAACGACGCGGACAAGAUCGAAUGGUGCCUCUUAGCCAUGUUCGACCUGCUGCUGAACAACAAAGUCAAACCCGGAGAACUCACCCAGGACAACUUGGCCGGGAAGAAGGGCGGCAAGGG